CUCUUUAGGUGUGUCUGGACGUGUAAGGCAAGUUGAAGAGCCCCUCUCCCCCUUCCCCUUGGUCCAGUGGUCUUGUCGGGGAGGGUGGAUCCCCUGUGUUUUUUCUGCCCUGACGCCCCCCGCCGCCCUGUAAAUUCAUGAUCACAUGACCUUGGAUAUGGACGCAGUCCUGUCCGACUUUGUCCGUUCCACUGGAGCCGAACCAGGACUAGCCAGAGACCUGCUAGAGGGUGAGUUGCAAGGCAUUCUGGGAUCGAAUAGAUUGUUUUAUUGUCAACUGAUAGUGAGAUGCAUGAAUUGAGCAGUGCACCUCUCCAGUUAGAGCUGUUAGUAGCUGUUGGUUAGGUAAGCCAUCAUAUAGAAGAUAAAUCCAGAAGAGACUGAACUCUUGUUGCCUAGCAGCAGCACAAGUUGCAGAUAAGAAUAUGGGUUAAAAAUGUAAUGCACUGCAGUACGGCAGUCAGAGACAAGACGUGCUCAACAUUCUAAUAUUUACUCAAGCAACAGAAUGUGUCAGUGGCCUUUACAUAAGAUAACAGUCACUAUGGUUCUGUUGACAUAUGUUAACUAUUUAAAGUCAUGAGUGUUGAGCGGAUCUGAAUGUUAUAGAAUCAGUUGGCUUUUUUGGUCAGGUUUGACUUGUUGUCCUCCCGUUUGCAGGGAAGAACUGGGAUCUCACCGCCGCCCUCAGCGACUUUGAACAGCUGCGACAAGUGCACGCUGGGAACCUGUCGUACUCUUUUGCUGAGGGGAGGACGUACCCAGCCCCGGAGAAGGAGAUGGCCAGGGUGGGGAGGCCCCUUCUUCACCGUCAAGAUGAGGUGCUGCAAGGUGAGAACAAUGGCAAGUAAAACAUAUUUUUGGCAUAACGUCACUUACUCACAACCACUUAUCUGUUGUUGUCCUCUUGUUCUCCUCAUUGUGAUAAACUAGAACACUCUCUCCUUUUUUUGUUUUGUUAGUGCACCAUGUCUUUUUUUGUCAAUUCUCUCAAGUCAGCCUUCCUUGUUUAUUUUUUCCCUUGUCCAAUUUCUCUUUCCCACCCCUUCACACAACUAACCUAAACUCAUCUUUCUCUUUUGUGAUACCUCCCUCCGCAGCCACAGAGAAGCGUCUAUCGAGAGGUAUCUCCCAUGCCAGCUCUACCAUUGUGUCCCUGGCGCGGUCACACGUCUCCAGUACGGGCAGCAGUAGUAGUGAGCCCCUUCUGGACACGCCUCUGUGCACGUUCCAGCUGCCGGACCUCACCGUGUACCGGGACGACUUCCGCGGCUUCAUCGAGAGGGACCUCAUCGAGCAAUCUAUGAUGGUGGCCUUAGAGCACGCUGGUGAGUUUAACUGCACGGAUCCCACUGCUGCCACCAAUUACAAAUACAUGUCUUUAUUCACUUCUGAGGCAAUCUUGUUAAUUGUGUUCUGUAGAUGACCGUCUACACCAUAGUUUCUCAGUACGACACGUGCGGGCUGAAUUGUUUUUAGUGUGAAUGAAACCGCGAGUGACUGUUCUGUUUACGUUAAGGCCGACUCAAUUGGUGGACACGGGUGGGACCUAACUGUCAGAGUCUAUUGCCACUGGCGACGAGUGGGGACGGAAACUGCCUGUUACAUGCAGCAUCAUUGGGUGAGUGUCAUAGCCUUUCAAACAAGAUCCAAAUCUAACGUGUAAGGUCAUACUCUGCUAUAUCAAUCAAUGAUGAGAGCUUCAUUGUUAGCUAAAGUAAGCCCUUGACUAAUUGCGGUACACAUUAUAGCUAAGCGGCAGUGUCCUGCUGAAGAGGCUUAGCCCAGAGCAAUUAACUAGGAGCCAAAUGAUGUGUGAGCAUUGUAGCUAAAAUGCCUUGUAAUCCAUCCUUAGAAAUGGGGCUUUAUUAGUGAUAUUCCUGAAGCUGAGGCCCAUAAUGGCACCGUAGGCUAAUUAGGAACAUAACUCACACAUCAAACAACUUGCCUUUGUGCCUAGAGUAAGGUUUGUAUGUAACCACUGGUUUUUCUUUCUUUGGGAUGGUGGUGUUAAUACUAUGUGCCUGUAUGGCCUUGCAGGUAUGUGGGGCUUUCAUGACCGUGACCUGAUGCUGCGGAAGUCUCUGUAUGCACUGAUGGACCACGGCCAGGAGAGGGAGUCGCUGAGACGCAGGUGGAGGUGGCAGCAGACCCUGCAGAACAAAGAGGUGGGGGAUUCACUAGGAUGGAUCCAUGUGAAACUUAGUCCAAGGGAUUGUUUACGGCCCAAACUUCCAUUUCAGUGCAUUGAAUUGUGUGUGUGUGUGUCUCUCCACAGUCUGGUCUGGUGUACACGGAAGAGGAGUGGCAGAAGGAGUGGAAUGAGCUGCUAAAACUGGCCUCCAGUGAACCUAGGAUACACUACAGCACCAAUGGCAGCAAUGGGUAAGACCUGCCUGGGACGGGACAAAACAGGGACUGUUGACUAGCAAUUAACUGCUAUUAAAGGGAUUUUGGCAAUGAAGCCAUUUAUCUACUUCCCAGAGCCAGAUUAACUUGUGGAUACCAUUGUUAUCUCUGCUUCCAGUAUGACGGAAGUUAGAGGUAGUUGUGUGAGCCAAUGCUAACUAGCGUCAGUACAGUGAUUGAAAGUUUACCGGAACAGCUAGCAUGCUUGCUGUUCCCAUAGACUUCCAGUAAUUGCGCUAACGCUAGUUAGCAGUUGCGCUAUCGCUAGUUAGCGACUUCCUUCAAACUGCACGCAGAGACAGAAAUUUGACGCAUUAUUUAUGUUAAGUAUGUAUACUAUUAUAUUAAGUUUGAUGCAUGCCACAUGCAGGCCCUUCACAACCUCUGUUUUGGAACAAAGCCUAUUAAGAUAGCAAGAGGAAAAUGUUAGAUAGUGGCUACCUGUGUCACUUCCUGCGUGUUUCCUGGUCUGACCCGGUUUGUUUCUAAUGUGCAGGACGGAGUCAUCAGAGGAGCCUGUGUACGAGAGUCUGGAGGAGUUUCACGUGUUCGUCCUGGCCCAUGUCCUGAGGAGGCCCAUAGUAGUGGUGGCAGACACCAUGCUCAGAGACUCUGGAGGAGAGGGUAAGACAGCACAUUUUGAUAUUACCAUUUGGCUGCCUUACAUCCAUAAGCUGUGUUUUAUGAACUUCAGUGUUGUAAUGGAUUGUGAUGUUUUAUGCUAAACGGUAUUCUCCUCCUCCUUCCCUCACCAGCUUUUGCCCCCAUCCCAUUCGGAGGGAUCUAUCUGCCCCUGGAGGUGCCAGCUGCCAAGUGCCAUCGCUCGCCCUUAGUACUGGCGUACGACCAGGCCCACUUCUCUGCCCUCGUCUCCAUGGAGCAGAAGGACGGCUCCAAAGAGCAAGGUAAUGUUACGCAUCAAUCAUCAUCAUCAUCAUCAUCAUCAUCAUCCUCUUAACUACCUAUUACAACACGCCGACACGUCUCAUAGUGAAGUGGAACACUUGCAUAGACUAGACCUCACCAAAGUGGAGACUAGACCUCACCAAAAACAAUUAUUUUUGACAGUCAGUAUUUUUCUACAACAAAAAAGUCUGAGAUUAGGGGUACCUGUGACAUCUCAGAUUUCUUGGUUGGGUUUUGAUUUCAAGUAAUUCGCUUGACUGACACGGGUGUUUGUUCGUAAAAUAACACUCACUUGACGCUCCUACUGAAGAGUAGCAUUCUGAUCUCACAACAUCAGUCAAACACUGAAGCUAAAGUUGGCUAGCUUGCUAGCUACUUCCAGACACAAAAGAAAGAAUACCUCCCUUUUUACCAUUUUACUAACCCUAGAAGAGCUAGUUAGACUGUUCUCUUAUCUAGAAUGGUUAGUGACUAACUGUCCUACUGGCAACAAUUGAAUUACGUUCUUUAGCCAAUCUUUACUGAAACAUGUAAAAACUGGGUGUACGUCAUUUGUAAAUUCAUCAAUUAUUCUCCACUCUGGGACUCUCAAACCAGAGUACUAAUAUCAGAGUAGAUUGCCAGUGUUUACGAACUCACCCCAUGUGCGACAACACACACAAUAAUCAGCUACAUCAAAGUACGCCUCCAAGACACAUCUAGUCUUUUCAGUUGCAUUUCUUAAUGAGGCAUAGGAAAACCGAGGCGAAAUUGGCCGUUACAGUCCCUCUUUUUAAUUAGUACUUUGCAUCAGUCGAAUGACAAUUGCUGGAUGAAAACAUUCCAUUAAUUUUACUUUGAACGUAUUUGCUCCCUCUCCCCCACAGUUGUGAUCCCUCUCACUGACUCGGAACACAAAAUGCUGCCUGUACACUUUGCAGUGGACCCUGGGAAGGACUGGGAAUGGGGCAAGGAUGACAUGGACAAUGUCAUGUUGGCAAGGUAUGACCUGAAUCAUUGCGCUUGAACAUCAAAUUGAGUCUGCAUUACCCCCUCCAAAAACACACACACACACACACACACAGUCACUAUGGCCUCGUAGGACCUAGUAUCCGUGGUGGUUAGGGAUUGACCCCUGCUCCAGAUUAGAGAAACGCUUAUCAGUGAGAGUGAGAUUAGCACUAAAUGCCUUCUAUAAUUGGAAUAGAGGAGAAUACAGAAAUAGCCUGAAAUAAAUAUAACUGGAUAUGUAUUCCACUGGAUUAAGAUUUGCUGUUGUGUUUCAACUGGAAUGGUGUACAAAAAUAACUUUUUUAUGGAAUAAAUACAGUGCCUUCAGAAAGUAUUCACACCCCUUGACUUUUUUCGGAAGGCACUCUACGUAGUUGGUGGGAAAAUUGAUUAUAGAAACAUUUGUAUGGGAGAAUUUGAGUUUCAGCUCUACACAACUAUGCAUUCAUGUUGGCUACAUUUCUGGCACAGUAAAUCAUUUAUGCAUUAUUAAAGGUUACAUAGUUUCAAGUUAGCCAUUUGGGGCUCAAGACUUGGAACAGAUGACACUCCAUUAGCCUAGUUUGAAUAACCGUCAUGUUACCAGACAUCACUUAUAUUUAAAUUACAUUUACAUUUUAGUCAUUUAGCAGACGCUCUUAUCCAGAGCGACUUACAGUUAUUGAGUGCAAACAUUUUUCAUACUGGCCCCACGUGGGAAACGAAACGUAGGUAGCCUAGUUCUUAUUUCCCCUUCUCUAAAUGAUGCAUGUAAUAUUCUGGGAAGCAGCCUUUUCUCUAAACGUUUCACCCAACAUGGGUACUGUUAGGGGCAUGACGAGGCGAUUUCACCCUCCGUUGAACUUUGACCUGUCUGUCUCCCUCCCUCAGUGUGACCCUGUCCCUGGAGGCGAAACUCCAGCUGCUACACAGCUACAUGACUGUCACCUGGCUGCCCCUGCCCUGUGAGGUACAGGUUAACCUCCUUACUAUCAUCUUUUAUGUUCUCAUUCACUAAGGGUGAAUCCUAACUCCUAACACAUUUUCACUAAGUCAUGCAUUGAUGUCAAUGGGAGACUAAGUGAACAUUUGAGUUAAGUGGCGGUUUGGAUUCAGCCCUCGUUGCAGAUCAUUUUGUAACAGUAGCAUACCUGAACACCCCCCUCCAAAUUGUUUCUGAAUGUAAAGCUUACAUCAAAUGCUACUUACUUGGUUAUGUUUUUAGCAUGUUGUAAUGGAUGGUUAAAUUGAAAUGAACACAGACUAUUUGAGAGAUGUUAAAUGUAGAUAAGCUAUAUACAGUGUUAAGUGUUACAUAACUGUGUGGGUUUCUGUUAUUAGGUGGGUCGUAUUUUUCUGUUUUGAUCUGGUCGGUAAUUAUUCCCUUCCUGCUGCACAAACCCCAUGUGAAAACAAACCACACAUAAAAUGACGUCACACUAAAUGGUUUGAAUGGCCUUUUUGUGCGUUCCAAUCUAAUGCCGGGGAGUUAGAAAGGAUAUCAAGCUCAUGGCAAUUUCACCGUUGACUUCUAGUGAGAGGUAGCAAUAGAAUAAUCUCUGUUGGAGUUCUGUGAGGUUUUCUAAGACUUUCCAAAAAAAAUACGAGGACGUUGGUGUUACCUUUAGCUCUUCGGUGGUCACAGUUAUGGGGCUUGGCAGAGAGGACCGUUUUUAUAACUGUCCAUUGUGUGAACUAGAGUGAUGCAUCAUCAUUGUCUUCAUUCUAGGUCACACCAUCUCCAAUUAUAGCAUGUAUAUUUUCCAAUAGAAUUGAUAGAAAUGACAGAGAAGCUUUCUGAACUGAAUCAUCUGUACGUUUCUCUCCUGCGCUUAAUCUCUGUUGCUCUCUGCAUCACUCACACCCCCUCCCUUUUCUCAUCUUUAUUUAUCUUCCCUAUAAUUCAUAAUCGGUGUGUCUGUUCUUUCAGCAGGCACCUUUGGCCCAGCCCGAGUCCCCCACCGCCUCUGCAGGAGAGGACGCCCGCACCCCUCCCGACUCAGGAGAAUCCGACAAGGAGUCGGUCAGCAGCAGCUCCAAUGGCAACGGUGAUGCGAUGACGACAGCAGGGUCGGCCAGCGCAGGUGGAGGUGCGUCGGCUAAGAACAGCUCCUCCUCCUCCAGCUCGUCCAGUAACAGCUCGGCGGCGACGGGGGAAAAGGAGAAGACCAAGAAGGAGAAAGACAAAGACAAGAAGAGGGCUGACUCUGUGGCCAACAAGCUGGGCAGCUUCGGCAAGAGCCUGGGCAGCAAGCUGAAAAAGAACGUGGGCGGGCUGAUGACCGGGAAGAAUGCAGGAGGAGGCGGGGCUAAGCAAGAGGGCACAGAGAAGAAGAAAAGUUCGCUGAGGGGGCGGAAGGGCAGCAAGGACAGCUCGCCUUCGGCCCACGCCUCCGAGGACUCUGGGAAGGGCUCUCCGUCAUCGGGCAGCGAGCGUCAGAAUGGCACGGGCGGCGGCAGCAGCGGCGGAAGCAGCGAGAGUGACCCGUAUAAGUACAGCGCUGACGUGAAGGCGAGCCUGGGCAUCAUGCGGGCGGCCAUGCAGGGCGAGAGGAAGUUCAUCUUCGCUGGCCUGCUCACCACCAGCAACCGCCAGCCCUUCCAGGAGGAGAUGAUCCAGCGCUACCUGUCUGAUGCUGAGGAGCGCUUCCGGGUCGAGCAGGAGCAGCAGCGGAGAGAGGCAGAGCGGAAAGGAAGCACCAACGGCAUCCAGCAGCCCAAGAAGGAGGCAUCGACGGGCACAGAGGUGAGCUACCGCACCUAUGAACCGAAAGAGGAGCCGGCUGAGAGCUCACCGCCCACCUUCAGCCACCUCAAGUCGUCCUCAUUCAGCCCCUCGCUCUACUCCGGCGUGGUGCCCAUCUCCCGGCCAACCUUCAUGGACCAGGCGUCCUCCCCGGCCCCCGCCCCGCUCACUCAGCACCCGCACAUGCACGGCUACAUGGAGACGCGGCGCCAGCUGGCAGGCGGCUCCCCAGCAUUGUCCUAUCCCGGCCUGCCCUCCUACGCCACCCUCCCCCGCCACUGCCCCAUGGCGCAGGGCCCCCCUCACCCCCAGUUCCACCCCCCGCAGGCACCGGCACCCCUCAGCCCCUCUCGCGUCAUCCCCUCUUUCUCCCCCUCGUACCUCCCCGAGCACGACCCUCCAGACUACCCCACCUCGGUGCCUGUAGGUGGGUGCUACACUAACGGAUUCCGGGAUGUGCGCUCCGGCCUGGAUGUUCCUCGCAGCGGGCCUCUCCCGGUCAGGCACUACUCCUUGGGUAGCGCCGGAGGCCUGUCCAGCCUCCAGUCCAGCCGCUGCCGGACACCCAGCUGCAACUACUACGGACACCCCGAGACGGGCAACUACUGCUCUUGCUGCUACCGUGAGGAGCUGAAGAGGAGGGAGACGGAGCCGGCCAUCCACAGGUUCUGA